GUAUUUGUCGCUGCACAUUACCUUUCGUGGAUUCGCUGGAUUUAGCUGUCUCAGAAACAUGGGGAGGCAUUAGUUUUGAGAAUGAACACAAAAUAUUGGGCACAGAAAAGUCGCGGAACAAAACAUGUAGUGCUACAGAUGUUCAUGCCAAACUUUUGCAAUGUUGGUGUUUUCAACACAUUGUGUUGCUGUGACUUUUUUUUUUAUGGUAGCAUGUGUUUCCGCUGACGAGAACAUCCGCGUGGGCACUUACAACUUGUGGAAUGUGAUGUUUAACUGGGGUGUUCGGCAACAUCGGAUUGCAGAAAUGAUACUUGAUGCCCAGCCAGAUAUCAUUGGCUUUCAAGAGGUACGAGGUCAUAAAACUGGAGAGAGAAACCAGGUGGCAGACCUCAAGUCCCUGCUACCUGAGUACAGAUGGAUGAGGCAUCACCCUACGAAUUAUGUACAGAAAGUGAAUGGCAGCUUCUUACCUGGAUGGGAAACGGAAGGACUUGGCCUGCUGAGUAAAUGGCCGAUUUUAAAGUCUAGGGUCCAUGUCUUGUCCAGUGCCAACACUGGGGACUCCAAUAAAAGAGUUAGCUUGUCUGCCCAGAUAGCAGUGAAUGAGAGGGUCAUAGUAAAUGUUGUUGUAGUUCACUUUUCUUACGACCGACAACAGCAGUGCCAGAAUGCGGCAGAGGUUCUGAAACACCUCACAGAUUUGAAACUACCAAAUGCUGUUAUCCUGGGAGAUUUCAACACAUACACAGACUUUGAAUGGUCAGCAAAAGUGUUGACAUCUACAAAUCGAUUGAAGGAAGAAUUAGGACCUUGUUAUUCGACAGCCACAAGCAUUAUCCCCAAAGAGAGAAUAAUUCUGGAGAUUGCAGACAUAUGGGAAGCGACAGCAGACUCUGAUCACUUUAGCUUCACAUUCAGUAAUAUGCCCACACCUGGCUUGCAUAGUCGUCCAGAUCGAGUGCUAGCCUCUUCAGUUUUCAAGCCAACGUCACUGUUCUUGGUAGGCAGUGGGGAUGCAUAUGAAAAACGCUAUCAUCACAGUAUUGUACUGGACAGAUUCUGGACCAUUGUAUCUCAGGCAGGAAAUUCUUAUGCUGGCCUGCAGGGAUACCCCUGCCUACAUGACUGUGGGCCCCAUGGAUCGUGCAGGUGUGGGGUCUGCGUUGGUGGGGGAAAUACCAACACUUGUCUUCUACCAAACUGCAAAGAAUGUAGUUCCACUCUUUUCAGGAACCUUGUGAUAUAUGGCUUUAUGCUGGCGAUUUGUCUUGUACACCUUCUCUAUGCAGCUGUCCUAGUCUUAAAUCGAUCAGUGCGUCGCCAUGGUAGAACUAUUCGACAAAUUUUUGGAUGCAAUUGUUGUCUCUGCAACCCCAGCUUAUAUUCUGGCAUGUCAUUUCCCAGGAAUGUCGGGUGGCGGAGUUCAAAACUACAAAGACUGUGGCCAUGUCUCAGAAUGCCGCCUAUGGUAUUUUUCAUGAUCUUUUUAACAUUUUCACUGUUAAUGUUUUAUAUAGGGAAACAUCUUGUGUUUUCAGAAAUGCUCAAUACAACAUAUAGUAUCAUGAAUGAAGAGUUAUAUCCUUCUGACCAUUUGAUGGUUAUUGCAGACUUGCAUGUUGAAAUAUAGCCGUUUGUAUUAAUCUUAUAAAAAAGAAUAUAUAGGUGUUUAUUUGCUUUUGAAAUAAGAGCUAAAUUUUGGGAAUACUUUCAGAGUCUAUUCUUAUCGUUUUUGAUGUAAUUGAUUAGUGUAUUAAAAUCUAAUAAUUCAUAAAAAUACAGUUUUAUUGUUUUGUGGCUUAACAACCUAGGAAAGCUGUUUUCGUUAAUGGUUGACAUUUAAGCCAUGCUGUACUUGUAAUACAUGGCAAGUUUUCAUCAUCUGAAUAUGAUGAAGACUGAAACUUGGUUAUACUUGACAUGUACGGAUAUGGUAUUACGUAUUUACAAUACGUGUGCCUACCACAAUGUUUAUAGUAUACAACUAUACACAAGUAUACAACUUGUAGUUAAAUUUUGGUUGAUGUAUGUGGUGUUAUGCAUGGUGAAUAAAAGAU